UCGUCGUUUCUUAAUCCUAAGUGUUUUUUCAUCGAUUUUUUUCGUCUUUCAUCUUCGUUUUCAGAAUGAAGUAAGAGAAAGAUCGAACGCUAGAUCGAAUUUUUAAGUAAAUUAACAAAAAGAACAGAAAGAACAAUAACAGUAGGAAAAAAUUGGGAAACUUUGCGCGAUACGUACGAAUUCUCGUUGAUAAAUUUUUCUAUUUUUUUUCUUUCUUUUUCUUUUGCUUCCUUCGCAUUGGUCGGUUUUGUUAUUUAUUAUUUUUUUUUUACCGACAAAUUACUUUUCUUUAUCUUUAUUUUUUUUUCUCUCUCUUUUCUUCUCCAAGACUUUCGUCUUUCAAAAGAUUUUCCAUGAUUAUCAAGAUUAUCGACCAGAAAUUCGAUAAUCGUCUCGAUAAUCACGAAAAGACGUCAACGAGGACGCGAUUUGCCUUUUAUUAUUUUUUAUGAGCGUUUUACUCGGCGCGCGCGCGCGCGCAGUCGAGGAUCAAAACGAACAAAUUCGUCGUCGAAGAGAAGAAGGAGAAGGAACCGCGAAGCUUUCGCGGUUGAUCGAGAAGAGACGGUAACGACGACAACAAAGGGCCGAAGAUAUGUUGGAAUUUUUUGUUCAACAUGCCGAAGUUGAAAAUUUUGAACGGUAAUGGUGUACCACUUUCCACCGAGGAUGUGAGAGAUGACGGGACACAAGACCACGAAAAAGAGCCCGAUUCCUUUGAAUUAUUGUCGCCUGUCGAUCAGCCGGUCGACAGCGUUUAUAUGAUAUGUGGCGUGCUAAUAGCUAUGGUAUUGGUCGGUGUUAUCAUCGUCCUACUUGCCGUAACAAUCAGCAAACUACGGAAAAGGGAGGAGCAUCAUUCAAAUGUCGUUCAUCCCGAGAAUGCCACUGUUGUACAAACGGCAACGGUCUCGGCAUCCUCAGCAACGAUUUCAACGAUCGUCUCUUCGCCGCCAUCGUCUCAGCUGGGCAACGAGCGAUGCUUGGCACAGGUGACCACCGGCGAUGGUACUUCCCCUCCUUCCCCCACCGCCGUAACAACGGUCACCACCGCCACCACCACCACCACCACAACCACUGCUACGAGCAUCGAGCACGACGGUGCUUAUCCGAUCGCCAGCACGCAGGACCAAUUCGUCUGGCAGUUCCCGCCGCCUUACCCGCCACAGCAAUAUACAUUGUCCUAUAACGAUCAGGAUGCUCUUGUACACACGCUACCAGCGGGCGGUAGGCCGGGAUUUGCAAAAGGCUUUCGCAAAAACUUUGGUGGACAUUGGCGUCGUUUAGUCAAGAGGAAACCAGAAACCGAGACUUGUGCCAUUCCACCGGAACUUAAGGAUCAGCUAAAAACGAUAUACGUUUAUUGACCGACCGUACAGAUGAUACCAAAUCGUACCUCCAUUUUAUCGUUGACCUUCCAAUCUGAUAAAAAACAAACGCUUUUUUCGUAUCAUAAUUCAUAAGAUACAUCGUUAUAUCGAUUAAUAACAUUAAGGGAUCGAAUUUGAAAGAUUGUUUAACGAAGCAAGAUAGAAAGGAAUAAAAAAAAUAUGAGGGGAAGAGAAAAAAAGGGAAGUCAAGAACAACAAACGCGGGACGGGUCAAAAAGUUACUUCUCAUCGAUUACUCAUUUUCAGGCUUGUAGUUAGGCUUAUAAUUUUACAAGCUAGACUUGUAGUUUUACAAUAUGAAGAAACAAAUUUGCCUAAACAGUUUCGAAACAAGGGUAAUUGAUUUUUAAUAUCAUGUAGAAAUUUUUGGCCCAACUCGCGUAAAUGAAGCAUCGAGCGAGGGAUGACCUUUCUUGCUAGUCCAAGUUAGAUAUUUUGGGAUAAUAAAAAAAAAAAAAGGAAUUAGAAUUAUUGUUGUGAAAUUAUCAACAAAACAAUGAAAUGUUUAAAUUAAAUAGAAACAUAUCAAAAAAAAAAAAAAAAAAAAAAGUGCCCGGAAAAAAUAUCUCUAGGACGUAAAGCUACUAUUCGAGUUUGAAAGUCGUGGAAAUUUGAAAGCGUAAUACACAGUAGACCAUCUGUCUCCAUUCACCGAAAUGUGCCUUUUUUUAAAUCCCGCUCUCGAUCUUUUUGUCCACUAAACGUCAUCUCGUAUACACAUAAUUGUCUUCCCAUCGUUCGAGGAAUCGCUGAAACUUCUGGACUCUACAUUAAGCGUAAAUAUCAGGAUAAAGAGCUUCGUUAAGCGAUGUAAAAGAAUUUUUAUGAGACUGAAAAAAACGUUAAAAGAGCUACGACAAAACGAGUUACAUCGUAGCUUUUUUCUGUCUGUGUAUGUAUUUUACUAUUGAUCUAUAAUAGUAAGAGAGAAAGAAAGAGUCACUCAACUAAGAAUCACUUUCACGACGCACUAGUAUUAACGUUAUUACCUGAGAAAUAUAUCUAAUGUCUAAUAUGUAAAAAAGAAAAAAAAAAUAAUAUGAUGAGCGGAGCUAUAUAUCGGAAGUGAAAGAAAAUAUAAGAAAAGGAAAGAAGAAUAAAUCUCCUAAAAGCGUUUUCUGCUUCUCUCGCACGUGUCUCUUCGAAAAAAAAAAGAAAAAAAAAAUCAGAAAAAAAAGAGAAAAAAAAAGAAAAAAAAAUAAGCUCUGUCAUUAAUGUAAAUACUAGACGUAUGUAGUUUUUAAAUAACGAUGGCGUAACCUAACGAUUUUGAAGCUGCGACCAUAUUGACGUAUCAAAAUGUCCUCAAUAUCGUACGACUAAUUCCAAUGAUUUUUUCUAAUCACAAAUUUCGGUUUCUCUAACUAAUUUUGUUAUAACUAUUCAAUUCGAAAUGAUCCAAUUGAUUAUAUAUAAAAUAUGUAAUAUUAAUGUGACAAAUGGUUUAGUCGUACGUUCAUUAUUGUCGAUCUUGUUGCUCAUCUAUGCGCUAUUUGGUAUAUAGAAAAUAGAAUGAAAGGGAAUAAUCAGAACGAAAUUGUAAUUUAAUAGAGAGAUAGACAGAUGUACUCUAUAUCUUUAUUAUUCUACUCCCUUUCUUUCUUUGACGAACACAAUACCAUGAAUAAGCGUGUAGUAUUUCGUAGCAAACUUAGACCAAUUUAAGAGAUCUUUAAUAAUUACAUUUACGACUCAUAUUGAGUCUGCACUACUUGCUAAACUACUACGGUAUUUCAAUUGCGUAUUAUUGUAAUUAAGUUGUACAGCAACGCAAAGCUUCGCUAAAUAUCCGAAAACGUUGUUGUCUUGCCCUUUACAUAUAUAAAAAAAAAAAAAAAGAAAAGAAAAAGAAAAAAAAAAAGAACAUUCGUUUCUCUGGAACUACUUCGACUGCUCAUUUGUUUCUUUGCCAAAUUGUAAAAUUGUAAAUGUGGCUUCUCGACGAGACAUUGAACGAUCUUUCUUUUGGCGUAUGCUGUUGGUAUAUAUGCUACUGUUUCUAUGUGCGUAUGCAUGUCAUAUGGGUGUAUGUGUGUGUGUAUGCAAAUGUGCGAUUGGAAGCAUGGAACAAAAAGUAAUACUUAACGAAGAGGUGAAAAUGUUAAAUUUGGUAACUGUAUAUUGGUGACUAUAUUAGUCAUGUGAAAACACAACAAAUGAAUGAAAAGAAACAAAAGGAUAUAAAAGAAAAGCCUCUAUCUAACCAACGUUCCUGCUGCAGCCGAAACUAUGAAAAGAAAUUUGUAUUAUGAUAUUUUAGAACACGACGACUGUAGCGUAAAUAAUAGCAUCAUAAUGCUUUCGCGCGGCACGGAUUAUUCUAACGAUACGAAUUUAUUCAAGUGCCUACGUCAUAUAUAUAUAUAUACACACACAUAUAUAUAUAUAUAUAUAUAUCUGUACAGUAAAAAAAAAAAAACAUGUAAAAGCGAAAUUAUAGGAAGGAGCUGCGCUCCCACCACCUAGUCACUUUUAAAAAUACCAUCGAAACGUAUCCCUACGAAUUUUUAGUACAGCUUCGAGUUUCCCUUUGACUAUCUAUCUAAAUACGAUAAUAUUAAAUAAAAGAUUUUAAACGAU